UUCCUCGUGCCCAAGCGCUACUGUGACGUACGCUGCUAAAGCUGACAACGUCACACUUUGUUGGAAAAUUCCCGCGGAUAUAAAUCUACAAAAACUGACAAGAUUCACGGUACUUGCCUUGAAAAGACCAGUUCAGCUAAUAAUGGAGAAAGUAGCGUCCGCUCAAGCUAAGGGAAAGUUUUUUAGAACUUAUGAUGAUUAUCAUGCUGGUUUGUACAACGGACGAGCAACAAUGGAUGCCGAUCUGAACGGAAGAAUGGUGUUCUUCAGGAUCACAAAUUAUUCAGCCACUAUGGAGAAUGUCUACUGUAUAUUGUACGAGAUGUUUGUACUCAAUGACGUACCCAUGUGUCAUUCUCAUGCAAUUUUUUUGCGAACAGUUGAACCUGUAGAGAUACAGAAUUGCACUCCUAACCUUACUAUUACCGCCUCACAAGCGCAACCAAUAAUACUGACCUGCUCUGUAACUGGAAAACCUCAGCCGCGAAUGGACUGGUACUCUCUUCCUGACAAGGUCCUCUUAAAAUCAAGCAUUACUUCAAACCCGGCUCUUGUGAUCACAAAGUCAGCGGUGGAGAUCAGAGCAAAGAGAGGAUUACGACAGUAUUUGUUUGAGACUUAUAACCACCCUGGAGGAGAGAAGCGUACUCGCGUUAUCACUGUUAAUGGAAAAUAUAACGAAAUUCCUAGUACCACAGUGAGUACCGUAACUGUAGCAAGCAGUCCAGAGGUUACCAUCAAGCCUACUCCAGGUCAGCCUGAAAAGCGCUCUGCCACAAAUCUGCGGAUAGGGUUUAUUGUAGUCAGUGCUAUUUUCGGUCUGUUCUUGGUUGGCGUUGUUUUUUUUGUGUUAAGGUACCGACGAACACAGCGGAUCAAAAGGCAAAGGUACAAAAGAAAGCGAAGGAGUGCCAAUGCAAAAGUUGCCGAAGCAUUGACUUCUUGUGAAGCAACUUAACCUACCAAUCGAUCAAAAACAAUUUAAAGUCUGGAGUACGUUGAGAUUAAAAAAAAAGAGAGAGAGAAAAAAAGGAGUCGAUCCCCAUCUUCUUCCAGACCUCAAACACUCAAGCUAACUAUUCAUAGUAAGAAAGUAAAGUCCUAAUAGUGGGCAAAAGAGCUGUCAGCUGCGCAGGGAAGGAGGAGUACCCACCAUGAAUAAUUUCAUGCUAGAUAGGAUUAUUGGAAAUUACCACUUAUAUUUUUUUUAUUUAUUUCCAAGCAAACAUCACAUACGUCUGUAAUACAGAUUACUGUUGUGUGGUGGUACUAUUAGGCCUUUGUACAGUUACAAAAAUUUAGGUUUCCUUCUUUUGCAAACUAACGAGUAAAACAUAGAAUGAUACUGAAACAAGUCGACUUUAGUCGAUUAUUUACAGCGGCUGUGAACAUCCUUAAGUAGUUCUUCAUGGACACAGCUUUCAUAGUUUUAGUAAACAGUGUUGAUUUGCAUAGUCUUGGUGGUUCAAUUUCUUCUCCUUAACACGUGUAUUUAACAAUCAAAGUUAGUGAUUUCUAUCAAGCGACCUUAUUCCAAUAUGUGUACAGUAUGCUCUUCACUGACUGUAAAUAAGAAGAGUUCCUACAACAAAAAGGAAAUGAAAGGGAAAGGAUGGGAAGAGAAGGAGAGAUGAGCACAGUCAAACACCGUGAAAGCUCUGGGAAGCAAAUAAUCCGUCAUGUUUAUGUACAAUUGCUAUGUAUAUAAGGCUUUUUAAAAUAUAUUACAAACAAGUAAAUCAAUCAAUCUUAACCCCAAGAGAAAUAAAAAAAAAACAAACAAAAGAGAACGGCAGAAAGUUAAAACCUAAAAUGAAACUGCAUACUGCAAUAAGGUCAUUCUAUUACUGUAGCAAUAAUAAAGCCUCGUACUUAAGAGAG